CCGGGCUCCCUCUAUAUAAGCCACGGGUGCACGCCAGUCGACCACAACCCAAAAGAGGUCGAAGAUUCCAUCGAGCGCAGUGGCCAUGAAAAUGGAUCAGAAGAUGAUCAUCGUGUGCUCCGUCGUCGGCUCUCUCGGGGUGCUCAGUGCCGUCCUGGGGUUCUCAGCCGAGGGCACGAAGCUCACCGUUUCGGACUUGUACGUGGGUGGAGGGCUGUGCCUGUACCCGCAGAACCCCGCGCUCGGGCUGGGGGUGUGCGCGGUCAUCUUCCUGGUGGUAGCCCAGAUCGCCUUCGCGGUCGUCGGCGGCUGCUGCGGCUGCUGCAGGUCCCGCGCCAUCCCCUCCGAGACCAACCGGAUCAUCGGCGUCGUCUGCGCCGUCUUCUCAUGGAUCAUGGCGAUAAUCGCGUUCGCGCUGCUGGUGACGGGCGCGGCGUGGAACACCACCGGGACGCGGGAGCCGUCACCGUUCGGGCUGUGCUACGUCCUCAAGGACGGCAUCUUCGCCGGCGGCGCCGUGCUCACGCUGGUCGCCACGGCCCUCGGGCUCACCUCCUACGUCAUGCUCCGCGGGCAGCCGGCCACUGCCGCCGCCGCGCCCAAGGAAGGCGAGCAGAUGCCGCCGGGCGCCGCCGGGACGACGACGGGGCAGCCGCAGUUCCCGCAGCAGCCUCCCCAGGGGCAGGCGCCACCCAACUACCCGCAGCACUCUCCGCCGCCCCAGGGGCAGGGGUACGGCCAAGCGCCGAACCCUCACUACGCGCCUCCUCCGGCACAAGGACAAGGCUAUGGAGCGCACGCACCCAACCAGCAGCAGCAGCAGCAGCUACCCCCGCCUCCUGGACGAGGCUACGGGCAGUACCCUCCCCCUAAAGGAGACGAACAGGUGUAACGCGCGCCGUUUGAUCAAACCAUGCAUCUCGAUCGUGCUAUACUCCGUGAUUUCUAUCGUUUUUGUGAAUGUAACGUGUGUCUCGCUCGACCUCACCGGAGGCCCUAUAUUCUUCACUUACUUUUAGAGGAUCAGUCAUGCUUGUUUGCUGCUUUACGUUUGCAAUUGAGAUCUCUCCUAUACUCUUCA